AUGCUUGCGAAGCUCACUGAAAGAUUCCUCGCAGACGGCCUGGGCGAUGAGCACGACGCGUCGCAGAGCCAAUUGCCCGUUCCAAAAGUGUCGGCGGAAGACCGGAGUGCCAGAGACGACUGGCAGGACAUUGGCGAUACUAGCCACGGAGACUCUAUCCAUCAUGUAGUCACCGAAAUAGCGCUGAGAACAUCAGACAACACCACGGCAUCAAGUCAUUUUGCCCUGCCUGAGUUCGCGGGAACAUGUCAAAUCCUCCACGCCGCUUUACCAUCUCAACAUGAUGUCGAUCUUCUCUUCGGGUCUGGGAGAGCUGCUAUUUAUCUACAAGCACUCUGCAAUUCCUACAGAGAGCUGUUUGAGGAAGGCAACUCUGUAUCAGCUGCUAUGCUGUCGAUCCUCCCUCCAGUCACCGCCCACCCGGUCGUUCUCGCAAGAAAGCUAUUGCAGCUCGCUCUUUGCAUACAGCAACUAGAUCUUUCGUUCAACCGCCAGUCCCUUCAUUUGGGUAUGUGUACUGGUGAAGCUAUGCACAAGUGCUACUCUCUUGCCUCAAGCAAGGUGACCUGUCACGACGAUCUCCUAGACUCUCUCGAAGGACUCGAGUGUCUCGUCUAUGAAGGAGUCUACCUCGUCAACUGCGGCAACCUUCGUCGAGCAUUGGUAACUCUGCGCCGCGCCGCAACACUGGCUCAGUUCAUGGGGAUGCAUCGCAAAGCCCCUCAUACCACUCCGAAACAACACGAUCCGGCGACCCGUGUCUCGGGAGAUGUAGCCUGGGCACAUAUCGCUUAUCUAGAACGCUACAUAUCCCUUCUCCUCGGCAUGUCGAGUUCCAUCACGAAUGCGAAGUUUGGAUCCGAGGAGAAAAAGGUCAACAAGACAGACGCAGAAUGGUUUGAGAGGUUCCAGGUUGAUAUUUGUGAGCAAAUCAUCAACAACAACCAGCUUAGCAGCCAUGGCGACCUUACCGCCACCCAGAAGAUCGAUGAGACAAUGAACAGAAUUGCCGACAGUAUCCCAAGCAACUGGUGGGCACCACUUGAGCUUCGCCCCGGUAUGACUGGCGACGACUUGAUGGCACUUGUGGUAAAUGCACAGAUGCAAAUUAUUCACUACAAUCUACUCACGGUUCUUCAUCUCCCAUAUCUCCUUCGCAAGACGCCUAGUCAUCAGUACGACUACAACAAGACGGUCUGCACAUACGCCAGCCGCGAGGUUCUGAACAGGUACAUCGCCUUCAGAUCUAUUGUCAGAAUCGUCUUUUGCUGCCGCCCCGUCGACUUUUGCGCCUUGACAGCCUCCCUGACUCUCCUCCUCGCUCACCUCAGCCGUGAUGGCCAGGACUCUACAUGGCUCUUGAAGCACCAACGCCUCGGGGAUAGGGCGCUGGUAGAGAAAACGAUAGAAACCCUGGACGAGCUCAACCGACUCAACGGAGAUGAACUGACAAGGGAGACUGCAAAGCUAGCGAGACGCUUAAUGAUCCUCGAGGCGGACUCCGCAAAGACCGGCGACGCCUAUAACUUCGGCAUUGUCGAUGAAACGCGUGAUGACAGCGACAACGGGCAAGGGGAACGUUCUUUCUUCCUCAAAGUUCCAUAUUUUGGAACUGUCAAGAUGGCGCCUCAGGACUCGUUUGUUUCACCGUGUCUUGAAGCCGCACCCAGCAUAACCCAAACAGACAGCUCACACACGAUGUCAUCAGCUGUUUCUAGCGGGUUAACCUCCUACACAUCGUCCGAGGAGCCUCUACAUCUGCCUCAGCAUCUACUCAUCAAUGAUGAAGUCUCCAUCGCCCAGCAGACGGAGCUAGACAUGUUUGAUAUCCCGAUGCCAGAUCUCAUGGCAGAUUCAGGUGAUUGGGCGUUUCAGGGAGUUGAUACCGCGUUCUUUGAUAGUCUAAUGAGUUGUCAAAUGAUGGAUGAGGGGGGCUGGAACAGCACUUGGUAUGAUGACAGUCCACAGGGAAACGGCGUCUAA